AUGGCAUCUCAACAAGCUGAAAAAGGUGGAAGAAGUACAGAUCCUACUCAGAUCAGUUCUGUUGGAGCCGAGCGUUCAACAGGCACAUCAGGUCAAUUAGGAUCAGCUUCAACGGCUGAACCAGAAGGUAGUUCAGCAUUGGGUGAUUCUAAUUAUGCCGGUAUGAGCACUGCAAGUGCAGCAUCAAAUCAACGACAAAAGUCUAACGAGAGUCCAACGAUCAAUCAAGGUGCAGGUGGAGCAGGAGAAGGACAAGGAGGAGCUAGUCAACCAUGGAGUACAUCGUCUGCUGCGCCAUAA